UAUAUAACUUCACAAGAGAAUUGAUUGUGCUGGUCACACAAAUCUUUCAAAUAUCAGCGUCACAUUCAUUUUCUUGCCUUCUUUCGACGGUACCAUCGUCAGUGGAAAUUUCAUAGAGCUUUCUCUACAACUCAGCUGCUACAAGUGAAGUACGAGAAGCCAGAACAAUUAAACACAAUAUGACGAUGGGAAAUACUCCUCCCAUUUCUCAACCCACAUUACCAAAGACACCUUGGGUUCAACAUGUACAACUGCGGAGGUCCGAUACCCCGACAAGCGUCUAUUCAAAUACACAUUCACCUACCAUGGAAGCUCCAAAUUCUCCCACCACGACAAACCCUUCCAGUCCACCAAUAGAUGUACCAUCAAGGGGCAGUAGCCCGACAAUAUCACCCAUAUCAUCCAAUAACUCGUCACACACCGAAUUUCGUAGCUCUCGAUAUCAAAUAACACCACCUCAUAGUCCUCGUAAUUCAGCACAUUCAAGACCUCGUAGGACCCGUAACCAUGCUUCACGGUGUAAAAGUACAAAUUUUCUUGUUUCGAAAUGGGGCAUUGGAUGGAAAACACCAACGAUUAUAAUAUCUUGUUAUCUACUUGGUAUGUUUCUAAUAAAAUCAUAUAAUUAGUUCAUGUUCUUACAUUCUCAUUUAAAGCUCUCGCAACCGCUCUCAUUCACUUAUUUUUAUUCAUCUACAUCUCGGGUAAACCAGCCGAGGGAAAAGACAGAGUUGCCCCUCAGACGUAUAUCUCUACCGCUUCCAAUCUCCUAGCCAAUGCCUUCUCAUUCUUUCUCAAGACGGCAUUAACCACAUCUUUUGUCCAGUAUCUUUGGCGUCUCCUUCGUGUUCAAACCAUGAAGGUUUCCACCAUUGACUCUCUUUUCGGACUCAAGUCCAACAUUUUUCAUAUGUUUAAGGGUGCUACUAUUCGAGCUGCUCCUGUUUUGUGCGUGAUGUCUGCAAUUAUGGCCAGUAUGACGAUUGCGGUCAGCUUUACCCCUGGUGCUAUCAAUGUUAUUUUAGUACACAAAACAUCUUAUGAUUCGAUACUUGUUCCAACAUUCAACGCAUCUUUUGUAAGUUAUAUUACGACUCGAAGACUACCACACCACUUUGAAUUUCCGGCUAACCACAUAUUAUAGAUGGGAAAUGGCUCUGGUGUGGCCGCAAACAAGUAUUCUCUGGCUACAUUAUCACCGAUAUUUGAAAGUGGAACUAGAUCUGUAUCUGGGUUUACAGCAAGGUACGACAAACAACCUGAAAGCUGCUUUAAAGUUCACAAUUACUAAAACUCAUUCCUAGUGAUUCGCUACCAGGGAAAAACUCAAAUUUACUUAGUCGUCUCGCAUUCCAAACAAUGAUCACAGGAAAAGCAAUUGAUCAACCCUCACCUUGCGGCGAAAACUGUUCAUUCGUAAUAGAAUUCGAAGGACCAUCCCUCGAAUGCAAUUCAACAAGCACAAACAUCACAACUAGCCACACUGGCAACAGCACAACAGAUUUCCCAUUCUUCACCAUCUAUUCAGGAAACUGGACGACGGGCCUACCCUCUACACAAGCCAACGUCCUCGCCAACGGAACAUACACAAAAGCCCAUUGGCAAAGCAGCACCCUAACCCUCCUCAACUCCGAAAUAAUCCUAACAAACUCCACCCUCCACCCGCGAAGCACCACACUAAACACAUCCACCACCCAAAACACUCUCUACUGUAUACCCAGCCGUGCUCUCUACACCAUAAACAACACGUACAUCUCCAAUAUCCUCACGCGCAAUAUAACCAGUACCUUUAUAUCACCACUAACCAAUCUCAUGCUCUCAACACCCAACAACACGGUGUCCGUUCCGGGUUUCGCCAAUACCUCGACGAUGAACAGCGAUUAUGGAUUUGGGACGGACCCUGCAGAAUGGAGCGCGGAUGCUCGUGCUUAUUAUCGCGAUUUAAAUUUUUUGGUUAUUAUUGAUACUAUGUUUUCGUAUCUCGCGGGUGAAUAUACGGCUAUGCCUGCUAUUUGGCCAUUAGAGACAGAGAUAGAUGAGGAGAGUUCGAGGAUGGGGGAUAGAGUUACCGAUGAGGGAUGGGGUGAAAGUUCCUUUAAGUUUGGGGAUGCUGAUGCUGGGAUGCCGGGAGGUAUGUUAUUUUUUAUUAUUAAUUACUUUUUCUGCCUUUACUUUACUUUACUUUUGUUCCAGUUCCAAUUCCAGUUCCAGUUCCGUCUUAGUCCCACUCCCAGUCCCACUCCUAGUACCAAAAACCCAAGCUAACACACUCCCUUCUUCCCCCAAACAGCCAAAACACACGCCCUCACUCCACUUCAUUCCACCUCCACCCCUCAACAACCCACCCACCUCCUCCUUCCAUAACCUCCACCCCCACCCCCCUCACCCUCCAACCACCUCCCACCACCUCCUCCCUCCUCCUCCUCCACCCUCUUCCCCCCUCCCUCCUCAUCCUAGGCCUCUGGUCCCUGACUCAAAACGGUAUAUGCAUGCCUACUCACGAAUCCUUCACUGCAGGAUUAUGCACUACAUCUUUUAUAUCCUCCUCUUCCUCCUCCUCCUCAUCCUCAUCCUUCCCCUCCUCAUCCUUCUCCUCAUCAGAUUCCUCCCACACAAUGGCCACACCAACACAACUCCUUACGCUUUCUCGAGCUGCCUGUCUAGGGAAUACAGCAUCGCUUUCGAAACCAUUGCGGGAAUUACGGAUUCGGUAUGGAGAGUUGAGGUCGUCGUUUAGUUUGGGGAGUGAGAAUGAUAAUGAGAAUGAUAUUGAGGGAAAUAAGAACGGGAUUAAUAUUCGGAGAGCUGGUUUUGGGCUUGAGAGUGAGGUUGUACCGUUGGUCAAGGGGGAGAAAUAUGGUGUUGUUUUGUGACUAUAAUUCAAGUCGAAGGGUCACUUUAAAUUUGCACAUGUGUCACAGGAGAACUUUAAUCACCUGGAAAAUAUACAUAUAAUUUUAUCAUGACACUAAUCCCCGUGAUACUGGCCAAACAGCACGGGGCAGUACUAUCCUACUGAUGGUAUACUUCAUCAUUUUUGC